ACACACUACUUACGGGGCAUCAACAACGCUCAGCAGCCGUGGAGCAGCGGAAUCGGCAGGAAAAAGCACAACCUCCGACCUUUCAACCCUACUGAGGAGGGGCUGGCCAGCAUCCACUCUGUCCUGUUCCGUAAGGACCCUACCCUGUGGAGGGCUGCCUUGCUCUACUACACAGUGUACCAGGCCAGCCGCAUGUCCUUCUCUCAGCUGUUCCACAGCCUGGGACGCUUCGUCCAGGACCCCAACACACGCUGGGACUACUGUGUACGAGCCAAGAGGGGGCAGACCGACACCGCACAGCCAGGUAACUAACACAGACACACACGUUUGUUCACACGCCCAUACAUAGGCAUUCCUGCAUGCAGGCACACACCUAUCUCUUACUUUAGCCUUUUCUCCUACUGGUGUCAGCAUUUUCUACCAGUUUUUAAGUUAUGAUGUAAUGAACUUGGGCUAUUUCAGUACGUACUGAUGUCAUCUCGAUGGGCUUGUUGUAUAUUUCAGGUUGUUUCAGUAAGGACCAGGUGUACCUGGAUGGCAUCCUGAAGAUCCUAAGACACAGAGAGAGGAUUGACUUCCAGCUGCUCAUGUCCCUGGGGAAGGUCGGUAACAUGGGGUCGUUUAAUGUGUCAGACUAGGACCCGUAGACAUAGCAAGAGUAGGUUUAUCAGGAGGCUGCCUAACAAGGUAACCAAUUCUUAUUCUAUGGUCUGCAUCCUAUGCCUUUUUGUGCAGAAUGAUUAUUUUUCAAAGUGUUUGCAUUACACUGCAGACAGGAGACACAAAGGCAAUAUGUUUGAUGUGUUUGACUGCACAGCUUUUGUAUUACUCUCCUCUCUUCCUCUCUCCUUCACCAUAACGACAAUGCUUAUUUGCACAUGAAAUUGAAUGAGAUGCCAGGCUGAAUAAGCUUAUGUAACUACAGCUGUAUGCGAGAGCAGAGCAUGUUAUUCUGCCUGAGAAGAAGAAUACUUCAGGCAUAGAGAGGGAACACAUGACUCACAAUGUGUUUCACACAGAUGGGCUUAGUGUUACUGCGGUCUGUCCUCCUAGGCUUAUCUGUAUAGCACAGGUGGCCAACCCUCCUAGAGAGCUGCUUGGUAUGCAGUGUUUUGUUCCUUCCCUGCUCGAACACAUCAAUGAGCUGCUCAUCAGGGCAGUUCCAGGUGUGUUAGAGUAAGGCUAGAACAAAAGCCUGCCAGGAGGAGGGUUGGCCACUCCUAACUGAAUAGAAACCUGCUUUUAUUACAUUAACACAAAUUCAAUCUUGAUUGUUUCUAUCUGUCUGAAGUUUUUGUUUGCUUGUUCUAAAAUACAUUUGCAUGAUUUCAAUCUUGAUUGUUCCUGUCUCUGCCUGCCCAGGUGUCGUACGAGGACUUGGAUCGGCUGAAAAGCCUGGCACUGAUGGAGCACGUGAGGAUACCUCACUUCCUUCAGGACACGGCGUGCUACGCUGAACAGCUGGAGAAGAUCAUGGAGGUCAACCAGCUGACUGACGAGGAGCUC